AUGGCCUUGAUCCCUGUCGGCGACACAGAGAAACAGGAUUCUAGACCCGUCGAUACCUGGCAGCGUCGUCUUUAUGACGAUUUGCACGUCAGCCUCUAUUUCAUCUCGAUUCCUGUUUCUCCAGUUUCUCUAUCCUUCUCUCAACAUCUCUUCUCUACCACCUCUUCAACUCAAAUCACCAGACUUUACGACUCUUUCAGUCUCUCCCAGGCCAUCAACAUGUCGUCAUCUACCGAGCAGAGAAGCGAUCUCGAAGAGGAUCAGGUCGAGCAGGAGAAGCCCCAGCGCAAGACAAAGACCAAGAAGUCAAAGGGCGAGCGACGCAAGCGACGCGCCCGAUUCGACGACUACGAUGACGAGCAGGACAACAGCCAAAUGGCCCAGAGCAACUACAACGCCCAGCAACAGCAGAUGCAGCAGCAACAGAUGCAGCAACAACAGCAGCAACAACAGCAGCAGCAGCAACAGCAGGGCGGCGGUGGCGGAAAGAGUGACGCUCUCAGUCUGCAUCUCGAGUUGAACCUCGAGAUUGAGAUUCAGCUCAAGGCGAGAAUCCAUGGUGAUCUUACCCUGUGUCUACUGAACUAA